GCCCUGCGCCACGAGCAGCCGCACUGCUUGUGGCCGUUCCAGGCCCAGGGAGUGACAGGCCCUAUAUCCCGUGUGGAGUUGGACUCAGGAAGGAUGCGGGCUGUUCCAACUAAGAGUCUGAAUCCUGGAACCGACCAGGCUCUGGGUGAAAGUCAGAGCAAACCUGUGCUCAUGAGUGUCUCGGUCGGGACGGAGGACCCCAUGUGGCCCUGCUUCAGGGCUAGGGGUGGGGUGGCGAGUGCCUGCCACCGGGAUUCCAUAGCUGCCCACAGCCUUCCUCUCUUCCCGCAUUGUGUAAGGCGACUCCUGUGACAGGAAGCUGUCCAGGAAGCAUCCCUCCUGAGGCCUCUGCCCCUUAAGGACAUAUUGGAAGGGAGGAGGGGAGGAGUGGGCACCAGGGAAAGUCAAGCGCCUCUUUAAUUAUGGGGAAGGGCAGUGGGGGUGACCCCUCUCCUCUUGGCUUGACAGGAAGCAUGGCACUCUGGCGGGCAUACCAGCGGGCCCUGACUGCUCACCCGUGGAAAGUACAGGUCCUGACAGCUGGGUCCCUGAUGGGUCUAGGUGACAUUAUCUCACAGCAGCUGGUGGAGAGGCGAGGUCUGCGGGAACACCAGACUGGCCGGACUCUGACCAUGGUCUCUCUGGGCUGUGGCUUUGUGGGUCCUGUAGUAGGAGGCUGGUACAGGCUUUUGGACCGGCUCAUCCCGGGCACCACCAAAGUGGAUGCACUAAAGAAGAUGCUGUUGGAUCAGGGGGGCUUUGCCCCGUGUUUUCUAGGCUGUUUCCUCCCACUGGUAGGAACAUUCAAUGGAUUGUCAGCCCAGGACAAUUGGGCCAAACUCCAGCGGGAUUACCCUGACGCCCUCAUCACCAACUACUAUCUCUGGCCUGCUGUGCAGUUAGCCAACUUCUACCUGGUCCCCCUUCAUUACAGGUUGGCUGUUGUCCAGUGUGUUGCUGUUAUCUGGAACUCCUACCUGUCCUGGAAGGCACACCGGCUCUAAGUCUGCCUCUCUCCAUUGUUUCCGCCUUGCAGUGACGCAGCUUGACUCGAGAAUGGUCAGACAACCUCCUCAAAGAGGGCACAUCAUUUUCACAGGGUUAAUUUGCUAGUCAGAACUUAAUGGGGUUAGCGCUAUUAAGUGGCCCAUUUCACUCUAAAAUGUAAACUGACUCCUUUUGAAAUCACUAAAACCUUUAUAAUAGUCUUAUACCCACCACAUCCAUAAAUAUUUGUUGAACCAUAUGAUCUUGUCAAGUUUAGUUUACACCCAUAUCCUGACAAAUGCCACUCAUCCCCACUCUUCAUAGACACAUCUGUUUCUCUAACCCUUCCCAUCCCUAGUGUAGCUCCAGUUCUUUGGGGACCCUCUCAAACUCUUUAUAUGGUACCACUGUAAAUAUGUCAUUAAAUAUGUAACCUGGAACCUGCAGAGGCAAUGAGCAAGACUAACAGAAAACUACUGGGGAGUCAAAAUUUCUAGAGCUAGAAAGAAGCCUAGAGACUACCAAACUUAAUAUUCUUUUACAGAUGAGGACAUUGAGGUCCAUAGAAAUGAGGUGCCUAUCCACACCACGAGUUACUGGCAGAUUAGAAACUUGAACCUAUGUGCUAUAGAGUGAAUGUUUGAAUACCCCCCAAAUUCAUAUAGUGAAAACUUAAUGACCAAGGUGAUGGUAUUAGGAGGUGGGCCUUUGGGAGGUGAUUAAUACCCUUGUAAAAAAGGCUAUGUGUGGACACAGCAAGUAGGUGCCAUCUAUGAACCAGAAGGCAGGUCCUCACCAGACACUGAAACUACCUGUACCAUGAUCUUGGACUUCCCAGCCUCCAGAACUGUAAGAAAUAAAUGUCUGUUGUUUAUAAGUCUCCCA